ACCUCGGAGAGCGGCCGGCGCAGGGAAGGAGGGGAGGGAGGGUCUGACAGACUGACCAGACCCCGAAGCAGCCGACGGAGGGGGGGGUAUAGUCGGGACCGUACCGGACGCUCCCUACCCCCCUCCCUUUUUGGACACCCCUUCCCCCUUCCCCGGGACCCUCGGGCUAGGCAGCGUCGUCUGAGGAAGUAUCUAAAAAUGAAGAAGUUUAAUUUCCGCAAAGUUUUGGAUGGUUUAACUGCCUCAUCCCCUGGCAGUGGCAGCAGCAGUAGUGGUAACAGUGGCAGCGGGACUGGAGGUGGCUCCAUCCAGCCUGGAGGGACUGCAGGGAUUCUCAGAGAAGAGAUACAGGAAACCCUAACUUCGGACUACUUCCAAAUUUGCAAGACAGUCCGGCAUGGGUUUCCUUACCAGCCCACAGCUUUAGCCUUUGAUCCAGUCCAGAAAAUUUUGGCUAUUGGAACAAGAACAGGUGCUAUAAGAAUAUUGGGCAGGCCUGGUGUUGAUUGUUAUUGCCAACAUGAAAGUGGUGCAGCAGUACUGCAGCUUCAGUUUUUAAUAAAUGAGGGUGCUUUGGUCAGUGCAAGUUCAGAUGAAACACUUCAUUUAUGGAACCUUAGGCAAAAACGGCCAGCCAUUCUACAUUCUCUUAAAUUUAACCGAGAACGAAUUACUUACUGUCAUCUACCUUUCCAGAGUAAAUGGCUCUAUGUUGGAACAGAAAGAGGAAAUACACACAUUGUAAAUAUUGAAUCUUUCAUUCUUUCUGGAUAUGUUAUCAUGUGGAACAAAGCAAUUGAACUAUCCACAAAGACCCACCCAGGUCCAGUUGUACAUUUAAGUGAUAGUCCAAGGGAUGAAGGGAAACUCUUAAUAGGUUAUGAAAAUGGAACUGUGGUGCUCUGGGACUUGAAAUCAAAAAGAGCAGAACUGAGAGUUUAUUAUGAUGAGGCUAUUCAUUCAAUUGAUUGGCAUCAUGAGGGCAAACAGUUCAUGUGCAGCCAUUCAGAUGGCAGCUUGACUCUGUGGAACCUGAAAAGUCCAAGCCGUCCCUUCCAGACCACAAUUCCACAUGGAAAAAGUCAGAGAGAUGGAAGAAAGCCUGAGUCUUGUAAACCAAUUCUUAAAGUUGAGUACAAGACCUGUAGGAACAGUGAGCCAUUUAUAAUCUUUUCUGGUGGACUGGCCUAUGACAAAGCUUGUAGAAGACCAAGUUUGACCAUCAUGCAUGGAAAAUCAAUCACAGUUCUUGAAAUGGAUCACCCUAUUGUUGAGUUUCUAACUCUGUGUGAAACACCCUACCCAAAUGAAUUUCAAGAACCUUAUGCUGUAGUAGUGCUUCUGGAGAAAGAUCUAAUUGUAGUUGACCUGACACAAAGCAAUUUUCCGAUCUUUGAAAAUCCUUAUCCCAUGGACAUUCAUGAAUCACCAGUUACCUGCACAGCGUAUUUUGCUGACUGUCCUCCGGAUCUGAUUCUAGUACUCUAUUCAAUAGGAGUUAAGCAUAAAAAGCAAGGAUACAGCAAUAAGGAGUGGCCAGUCAGUGGAGGGACCUGGAACAUUGGGGCACAGACAUAUCCAGAAAUUAUUAUUACAGGUCAUGCAGAUGGAUCAAUAAAGUUUUGGGAUGCUUCUGCAAUAACUCUUCAGAUGCUAUACAAGUUAAAAACAUCAAAAGUUUUUGAAAAACAGAAGAUCGGAGAUGGAAAACAAACAUCUGAAAUUGUAGAGGAGGAUCCUUAUGCUGUCCAGAUGAUUUAUUGGUGUCCAGAGAGCAGAAUAUUCUGUGUAGCAGGAGUCUCUGCAUAUGUCAUUGUUUACAAAUUCAGCAGGCAUGAAAUUACUACUGAAAUAGUGUCAUUAGAGGUACGACUUCAAUAUGAUGUUGAAGAUAUCAUUACUCCUGAACCAGAAACAAUUCCUCCGUUUCCAGAUCCCUCUUCCCAGCUUCCUUCUUCGAAGAGUCUUUCAGGGAGUACCAACACUAUAGCUAGUGAAGGAGUGACAAAGGACAGUAUCCCUUGCCUCAGUGUUAAGACACGACCUGUUCGGAUGCCUCCAGGUUAUCAAGCAGAACUUGUUGUUCAAUUGGUGUGGGUAGAUGGUGAACCUCCACAACAGAUCACUAGUCUCACUGCAAGCUCUGCCUAUGGCAUUGUUGCAUUUGGGAACUGCAAUGGAUUGGCUAUUGUGGAUUUUAUGCAGAAAACAGUGUUGCUAAGCAUGGGAACCAUUGACCUAUACAGAUCAAGUGAUCCAUACCAAAGACAGCCAAGAUCUCCUCGAAAAAACAAACAGUUCAUUGCAGACAACUUUUGCAUGCGUGGCCUGUCUAACUUUUAUCCUGAUUUAACGAAACGGAUCCGUACUUCCUAUCAGAGUAUGACUGAGCUCACUGAUAGUCCUGUUCCUUUGGAGCUUGAGCGCUGCAAGUCUCCCACUUCAGGAUUUGCUACCAGAACUCCAGAGACAGCACCAGGCUUUUAUAGGAAUGAAUUAUCAGCUGUGAAACAGAGAAACCAUCAUUUACCAGUUAAAGGAUCAAGAAAGUUAAGUCUGCCAACAGAUCUUAAGACUGAUCUUGAUCAUGUAAAUGGACACUGCACCAGCCCUACUUCUCAGAGUUGCAGUUCUGGAAAACGUCUUUCUAGUGCUGAUGUUUCAAAAGUAAAUCGCUGGGGUCCUGGAAGACCACCAUUCCGAAAGGCACAGUCAGCUGCUUGCAUGGAAGUUUCUCUACCAGUCACAACAGAAGAAAGCCGAGAAAACUCCUAUAAUCGUUCUAGAAGUUCUAGUAUCUCCAGCAUUGACAAAGACUCUAAGGAAGCAAUUACAUCUUUAUACUUCAUGGAAUCCUUUGCACGGAAAAAUGACAUGACAAUCUCCCCAUGUCUGUGGGUUGGAACUAGUCUGGGUAUGGUGUUAAUGAUCUCCUUUAACCUGCCUUCAACAGAUGAACAAAGGUAUACAGAGCCAGUCCUGGUAUCUCCAAGUGGUACAUUACUGACACUAAAAGGAGCUGUUCUAACAUUUUCUUGUAUGGACCGUCUGGGGGGAUUAAUGCAUCCACCAUAUGAAGUUUGGCGGGACCCAAACAGUCUGGAUGAUAAUGAAAAAGGAAAAAAAAGGAAACUUGUCAUGAAUUCCCCACCAUCUUCCCAGGAAAUGGGAGAUCAUCAAUACGCAGUUGUCUGCUCAGAAAAACAAGCCAAAGUCUUCUCAUUGCCUUCCCAGACUUGCCUUUAUGUUCAUAACAUCACGGAGACAUCCUUCAUAUUGCAAGCAGCUGUGGUAGUCAUGUGUAACAGUGCCUGUCUGGCCUGCUUUUGUGCCAAUGGCCACAUCAUGAUAAUGAGCCUACCUAGUCUCCGCCCAAUGUUGGAUGUUAAUUAUCUGCCUCUAACAGAUAUGAGGAUAGCACGGACAUUUUGUUUUACCAAUGAAGGCCAAGCACUAUAUCUCGUCUCUCCCACUGAAAUACAGCGGUUGACUUACAGUCAAGAAAUGUGCGACAAUCUACAGGACAUGCUAGGAGAAUUAUUUACUCCAGUAGAAACACCUGAAGCUCAGAACAGAGGCUUCCUCAAGGGACUGUUUGGUGGAAGUGGACAAACAUUUGACAGAGAAGAGUUAUUUGGGGAGGCUUCGGCUGGAAAAGCGUCCAAGAGCCUCGCCCAGCACAUUCCCGGGCCCGGCGGGAUCGAAGGAGUCAAAGGGGCCGCCGGAGGGGUGAUGGGCGAGCUGACGCGCGCGCGGAUCGCGCUGGACGAGCGGGGCCAGCGGCUGGGCGAGCUCGAGGAGAAGACGGCCGGCAUGAUGACCAGCGCGGAGGCCUUCUCCAAACACGCGCACGAGUUGAUGCUGAAAUAUAAGGAUAAGAAAUGGUACCAGUUUUAAGGCUGCUACAGAGACUGCAACAGCACUAAGAAAUCAUCCUUCAGGGAAACAAUUUAUUCCCAGCAUCACCAUUCAACUGCUAGAAGCCACAGUUUCUUCUGUGAAAUGUUUCACAGUGAUUCAUCUGAGGUUACCACAAGGGAGAUUUAAACAGGGGAGGUUGUCAACCCAAAGACUGGACCCCCGACUUAGAUUGGUCUUCUAAUGUCCAUUCCAAGAUUCUGUUGUAAACUUGCCUUCUCCCAAGUGGAAUGGAGCUGUCAUCUCGGCAUGUAGUUUUUCUGAGGCAUUCUGUGUAAGAACCACGGGGAGUCUUUCUGGCUAAAAAUAUCCUGUACAAACUAAAACAUUAAUGCACUUAAUAAAAAAAACAAAAACCUUUGCAUGAUAAA